UUUCUAUUUAACUUAAUUUCAUAAGCCCUUUCAGACCUCACAUGUUAUGUUUUGCCAAAUUACAAAUUAAAAUAAACUAGAAGAUAUCGUCAGACUGCUGCUUAGUAAUGCUCUGCUCUUGUAGGUUGUUACAGAACUGAGGCAGUAAUGUGGGUCUGUAAGAUAAGCUACAAAGAAAGAAUUACAGCAGUGGAGAAGUAUAGUACGUGUUCCCAUUACCUUCAGACCAGUCAGCCACGUGUAUGUGUGAGCAAGUAAAUAUCCUCCUCGGCAGCCAAUUUAGGCUGGGUGAACUCUGUCUCAGUUUUCCCUUUUUGUUUCCCAUUUCUUUGUUUGCUACUUAGGUCACACCUAAUAUUUGCACAGAGUGGCUGUAGAGAUGCGUGAUAUGUGUUGCUGAGCUCUGUCUCUGCUGUUAGUUCCAAAGGCAUCAAUGUGCACAACCUAGGAAAAGUACAUUUACAACAAACUGCGUCUGAUUAUGUACCGCCUACAGCCUUGUUCUUCGACCCUGAAGGCGCAUUACAGAAAAGACAGAGAUGAUACCACCUGACUGAGUAAUGUACAAGUUUACGCCUCCAUGAGCUUAAAGAACUAAAAAUAGUACAUGUAUGUGUGUUUAAGGUAUGGAAUUGUUCUUUAAUUUGAUGACAAGCUGUUCUCUUUUUUAUGAUUUAUCGUGCUGUCCUUGCAGAGACUGCUGUAGAUGAAAUCUCCACAAGUUGCAGUGGCCGGCCUUGGGCCAUCAGAGCAAGUUGCUUCCAACAUAAAUAUUUUAAAUCUUAACUUUUUGGCAGUGUUACAGACUUCAGGAGAGAGGGAAUUAGAAGCAACUGGAUUUUAUAGCUACGCUGUAGGAUACCCACUGAUUAAAACAUAGUGCAAGUUUGAAAAGACCUGCAGUGAAUAAAGAAGAAAAUGUGAAAUGGCUGUGAUUCUUUCAGAAUGAGUCUAAAAGAAGCAAGAAAAAAAUGUAACUGAGCCCUGGGUGGAGGUUGCUAUCCUAAGACAUAAGUACAAAAAGAAGUCAGCAGUCAAGGGAGAACUGCGGAAAGUAUUUCUGAGGAAGCAGCUCUGAGUAGUCAGAAAAGAAAAUGUUUUCUACUGACUUCAGGAUCUAAUUUUGAAAGAGAGAAACCAAAACAUAGGGAGGCGCACUGAGACAGAACACCUUGCAGGCAUUAACAGCUGUCAGGUCAGAAGCUAAUGAUAACACAAGGUGGAAAGGUGACUUGUUGACACUGCAAACAGCAACCACAAGUUGGCGAAGGAAAAAAGGAACUUUAUCACUGUUGGUUUACUUUGUAAUGUAAUACUUAAGAAGGAACACAGGCAGAGAGUUUCUGUGAGCCGACUUGAGGAUUUUGUGUUAUGGUGAAUGAAGACUAGACUUUAAUUUACUGCUGAAGCAUGUGUUAACUCAAUAAAGAUGAUGAAGGUGAAGGGUUCUGUCUGUCAGAAGCUGCCCCGAUGAACAUUACCACUGUCCAAAUGGAUCUGGGAGUGCUUUGCAGUUGCACUCAGGUGACUGAGUGCCAGCACUACGAGAACUUUUCCCUGAAGCAUUAAUUCCAGAAGAGAGAAACAGACAACAAGAGAUUCAUCUUAGUUGUGCAUUUCUCGAAAGAAAACAAGAUGCAUUUAUUUCGGGGUCAGAUGUAUCAGGUCCAUCCAGAGAGGACCUUGGAAUCUUCCUCCAUCCAAGGAGUGAGCUGGACUCCACUCUUGGACACAGUAUACAUGGCACCAUCAGAAUCUAUGAAGCAGGCUUCAGUGCAGAAGGUUGUCAAGGCUGGACGAACUCUAUGCAGUGUAUUGUUAAGUGCUUUUCCAAACCUUAUCCGGGACAGAAAGCACCACUUCCGAAACUACAGGCAGUGCUGCUCUGGCAAAGAGCUGGUAGAUGCAUUACUGAGUCUGACUCACAUGAUCCAGUCCCGAAGUCAGGCUAUUGGUAUCUGGCAAGUCCUGGUUGAUGAAGCUCUCCUGAUUCAUGUGAAAAAGGAUUUAAAUUUUCAUGAUAAGGAAAAUCAGUUUUAUCGCAUGGUGGAUGCUCAGAUUGCCAAAGAAGAAACAGCCAAUGAGAAGGAGCAGGAGGAGGAGCUAGUGGAGUCACUAUCAUGGCUGAUGCAGUUAGGACCUGAUGCACUUCUCACCAUGAUCCUGAGGAAACAACCUUGCCAACGUACAAAAGAAGAGCUGGAACUGAUAUUUGAAGAGUUGCUUCAUAUAAAAGCUGUUUCUCACCUUUCAAAUUUGGUGAAGUGGGAGCUGGCCUCUGUCCUGGUGUUUGAAUCCCAUGCAAAAGCAGGAACAGUCUUGUUCCACCAGGGGGAGAAAGGCACAUCAUGGUAUAUCAUCUGGAAAGGUUCUGUGAAUGUAGUGACUCACGGAAAGGGCCUGGUGACAACAUUACAUGAAGGAGAUGACUUUGGCCAACUAGCACUGGUGAAUGACGCACCACGGGCUGCUACUAUUAUCCUCCGAGAGGACAACUGCCAUUUUUUGCGAGUGGACAAACAGGACUUUAACCGCAUUUUAAAGGAUGUUGAAGCUAACACAGUACGUUUGGAAGAACAUGGAAAAGUUGUGCUUGUGCUUGAAAAAAGUCCGUCAGGUGGAGGAAUCAUUGAGGAAGAAGCUCCAGCUAAAAGUUCCAUGUACACAGUGAUGGCAGGAACUCCAGAGAAAAUUCUAGAACACCUUUUGGAGACAAUGAGACUGAUCUCCAGUACAAAUGAUCACACAGAUACAUUUGUUAGUGACUUCCUUUUGACACAUAGUGUCUUCAUGCCAACACCAAUGUUUUGCCAAGCUUUACUGCAUCAUUUUCAAAAUGAACCCACCGAAGGCUCUGACCAAGAGAGAGCAUCCUAUUCCUUGAGGAAGAGACAGAAAAUCAUGCAUUUGGUCAGUCAGUGGGUAGAACUGUAUGGACAGCUAUUGAGAGAAGAUCCUACAACAAUGAAAUUCCUGGAGAAAAUGGUCGAGUAUUUUUCCAGUGAGUCCCAGCUUGCAGGCUUACUGAAGGAGCAUUUCCAAGACCAUCGAAAAAUACGAACCCCAGAGCUUAGUGCCAAUACACUUAAGCGGAACAAGCAGGUGCAAAAUGAAGUGAAUUUGUUUGCCAGUCUGGAUGAUGGAUGCAAUAAACCAAUCACGAGGCCCCAAGAUAAAAUACUAUAUGAUAUUUAUCGACCGGACUUAUCCUGCAUCAUCUCCCUCCUACCAGUGAAUGCCUCUGUACAAGAUGUGAUAGCAUCAGUAGAAAAUCAGUCUGAAGCAACCAGGGAUCUUACAUUGGUAAAAGUCAGCUGUUCAGGGGACCGGACUGAAUUAAAGCUGGAUGACCGUGAAGUUUAUACUUCUCUUGGCUUGAAUGAAAGACUCUUUAUCUGUACAACAGUAGAAAUGGACAGCCUGAUACCUCAUCCAGACCAGUUUGGGCCAAGGACUGGAACAGCUGACAUGCUGGAACUUUAUAAUUCCAGAGAUUUGGCCAACCAGCUCAAUGAGUAUGACUGGGAGUUAUUUAACUGUAUUCAUGAGGUAGAACUUCUCCAUUAUGUUUUUGGACCUCAGAACUUCCGCAAUGCCACCACAGCAAACCUGGACCGAUUCAUCCGACACUUCAAUGAGCUCCAGUUUUGGGUAGUAACAGAACUUUGUCUUUGUUCAGACCUGAAUCGACGAGCACAGCUGCUGAGGAAGUUCAUCAAAGUAGCAGCAAUCCUAAGAGAACACAAGAACCUAAAUUCUUUUUUUGCUCUCAUGUUUGGCCUCAGCAACAGUGCAGUCAGUCGCCUUGCCAAGACCUGGGAGCGAUUACCCAACAAGACCAAGAAACUGUACUCUACAUUUGAAGCUCUUCUGGAUCCUUCCAGGAACCACAGGGCAUAUCGGCUGACAGUAGCGAAGAUGAGUCCACCCAUAAUCCCUUUACUGCCUCUUCUUCUCAAAGAUAUGACUUUUAUACAGGUUGGCAACAAAACAUAUGUGGACAAUCUGAUUAACUUUGACAAAAUGCGAAUGAUAGCAACAAGUGUUCGACAAGUGCAACAUUGCCGAAGGCAGCUGUAUGUUCCUGUAUCACCCCUAAGAAGCAGAAUGGACAGAAUUGUGCCAGACAGCAUGGCUAUGCGGAUAUCCACAUACUCAACAAUGUCAUUGUCUUUUGAGAAUCUGUCUGGUAUCCAUGCAUAUCUUCGAGGGCUACGUGUAAUUAGUGUUCAGAGAACUUUAAGUCAGCUAUCACGGGAGCUUGAACCUUGAUCUCUUCUGAGUUACUCAGAUUAAGUAGAAAAUAUACUUCAUUGAUUUCAAAGAGGAAGUCUGCAAAAAGGUGAUUGCUGCUGACAUAGAUGAGCACAGAGCACCAUUCAGAUGACUUCAGUGAUAUGAAACGUAGUGCUGCAUAAGUGGGCAUUACUUGCAUUCAUGGUAGCUAAUUGCCAAAAUAUAAUUGGGAAGACAUCUGAGCUUCUGCACUUAAUUUAAAGCACUUGGUUACUUGAUGAUCCCUGGUCCUGCACUGCUGGAACAUUCCUAAUGGCUGUACAGCCACCUCAAAAUGUUUGGCAAGGUUUUAUUCACUUCCUCUUAUUAGACAUGGGUUGUUAAGUACACAAUGAAUUCUGCCUAGGAUCCGAGUAAGAACAAGUUGUCCAGAACAGUCAUGGAAAAUGUGAGUUGUUUUCUAAUUAAUAAACAGUUCCUUCUUUUAGGUCCAUAAAUGACCUAGCUUAAGAAAAGAGAGAAACGUGACAGUCAUAUCACUGAACAGUUUUACUUAGGCAGUGAAUUUAAUAUUGGGAGCUAACAGUUAAAUGUGAAGAUGUGAGAAAGGAAUGCCAUUUCUAUGGUAUGCUAUUGUGUCCCCACUUUGAAGGUGGCUGCAUUGUUCAUGAAUGUCGAUAGUGUAAUACAGUGGGAUAACUGUGGCACCAUAUUAGACACGUUAUUUCCAUGGCUGACUUUAUUUUACAAAUGGCACAUUUUUUUAUAUCAGCCAGCAUUAUGUAUCUCUAGAAUGGCUGGGACAUGUCUGAAAUGCAUUAUUAAAAUCAGCAAUGUAUUCUAUAAGUUUCUCAUAUUGAAUGAAACACUUUUGCUUGACUAUGGAGCUGAAUAUAAAUUAAUUCUGAGGCAGACCUGCACUAUAACAUUAUGGCUGAACUUUGUUGUUAAAACUGUUACAGAAUAACUCAUAAGGGAAAAUAUGGAUUAACAUUUGACAGUACAUUAUAUUUUAAGCUGUCAUAGUUGUGCCAAAUUGCUGAAUUUCAGAGUUAGUAAAGAAAGUUAAGAAGUACAGGAGUCAGAAAGGAAAGCUGGCCAGUGGUAUCAUGGUACAGUUUCUGGCCACAUGGCCUGUGACCUGGUUUCCAUUGGCAAGCAUGACAGUGGAGAGCUCAGAAGGAGGGAAGGAAGAGGAAUAAAGGAAUGAGCAGCCUACGGCCUAGUCACCCCUUCCUGGAAGACAGUGUGGAACUUCUACCAUUGUAGCAGUUCCUGGAGAACUAAAGGAGAUAGCAGGGGGGUGUCUAGGGAACAACAGACAGGUCUCCGUUACUCAUCGUGUGCUGAAUGCACAUUUUACAAGCAUUCAAGGAUACAGCAUACUGUUGUUGGGGUCAGUGAGUUAGACUUAAGUUACAGACCCCUGUCUAAACAUAUGUGACAGUUCCAGUGUCCUUCUUCCCUUCAAAUGGGCAUGAUGGCCAGUGUGUGUGUGUGUGUGUGUGUGUGUGUGUGUGUGUGUGUGUGUGUGUGAGCGUGCAUGUGUCAGACUCAGAAAAUGCAUAGAUGUAUGGUAGUCAUUUUUUGCUCAUUUCUCAAAACUGAGAUUGGAGGAACACAAACUAAUCUAACAUAGGUGAUAUGGUCUGAUAUCUGAGCUAAAUCAGAAAGUUGUGUUUCUGUGGCUCAAAAGAAAGGUUUAAACAUUUGAGUCAGCAUGCUUUUGUUUCUUCACAUUGAACAUAAUCUAUGCAAGAUUUGUUCUUUUGAAAUUAUAUAUUGCAAGAAACAAUAUUUUAUUUUUGUAAAUAAAAAGAAGAAAAUAUGUUUUAUUA